UCACUGUGGUUCAAGAACGAUGCACUUGGCGCCUCGCUUGAGUGGCCACGCAGAUAUUCUCCGCAGAGUCGACAGCUUUUCCACAGCCCUGGCCCUACACCAUCUCGCCCAAACUGGCCGCAUACAGAGCGGGUCAGCUGGCAAACGCCGACAAGUCAUCAUCUUUUCAGAGACGUGGGUUCAAGGUGCGCUAGUCCCACGAUUGGCGCAACAACUCCCGCGCGUCCAACACAACACGACACGCCAUCGUUCAACCCUUUCUACUUGCUCUAAUUCUGGCUUCCCAUACUAUACUAGCUCUGCCGGAUACUAGCCAAAGGCAUUCAGCCUGCCUCCAGCCGUCAUGUCUCUCCAGACCGCGGCAGACGUGCCUCUCAUCAUCAAGUCUCCCAACUCGUCCUCUGAGCGUCGCAUAUCUCCGUCCUGGACCAUCGCUCAACUCAAGACACGUCUGGAGCCCAUUACCGGCGUGCCAGCAAGCUGCCAGCAGUUGUCCAUACGCGUAGGCUCCCAAGAUGCCGUUCCCCUCACCGCGCCCGAUGAAGAGCAGACUCGUCUUGCAGCGUUUCCGCUGCAGCCAUACGCGGAGAUAGGCGUCGUCGACACACGUCCACCUGCUGCGCGAGUUGACUUUACGGAUCUCUCGGCUGUCGACAAGUAUGAGAUGCCACCUGCCGAGUACGAGUCUCUGACAGACAGUGUUCUCGCCUGGAAGAAAUCUAAAAAGCUUGGUCGAUUCGACCCCAACGCUGGCAGCAUCGAACAACAGAAGAUUCGAGCUUCGGAGCGAGAGGUUGAAGAAAGAGGAUUGACGCUCUCGUCUCGUGUUCGUCUACUCCCCGAUUCCGACGCCCGUCGAGGCACAGUAUCCUACAUUGGUCUUGUGCCCGAGAUCCCAGGCAUAGGCUCGUGGAUUGGUGUCACACUUGACGAGCCAACAGGUAAAAACGAUGGCACGGUCAAGGGUAAACGAUACUUUGAGUGUGGCAAUAACUGCGGCGUCUUCGUUCGGCCAGAGCGAUGUGAGGCUGGAGACUUCCCGCCCCUCGAUUUGGGCGACGAGGAUAUGGAGGAGCUCUAGGAUGGUGUCAUCGGAGAGGUUAUAGUGGGCUAGGCGAAAAUGAAUGAGCAAAAAUAGAAUCUCGUGGGCAAUCAGACUAUCUUUUCUGGUAUUGCUCGAGCCAAAAAAGUAUGUGUGGCAUCUGGGUCUUGCAGAUUCACGGUUCAGGGCACUCAUUAUACUGUUCGUUGAGGAACAUAAAAGUAGCUUAUGCCUAGCAAAGCCCCAUCAUGGAAGCCACGAAUGUAGAAAAGAAUUCACGAU